GUACACCGAUCCGCGUAAGGAUGAAGAGCAACAAGCUUGGCUACUACCCUCUUCACUUCAAAAUGAGAUCCCCUAUUUCGUGCGUGACAAGCCCAAUUCCAUGUCAAGCGUCAAGGUGGACGAACUUCGCCAGGAGUUGCACCAGGGCAAUCUGACUUGUGUGAUACGCAAUGAGGUUGGCACAGACAGCAGGUCAAUACAGGUCACUUUCAUUCCCGACCUCGAGUUCAACCUUCGUCCGCCCAACAAGCUUACAGUGAUCCUUGGCUCCAGCAUCAGCAUUAAUUGCUCUUCGAAGGCCUCAGAUCUUCAGCCGGUUGUCAGAUGGCAAUACAAUGGUAAAAAUAGUGUGCUUGCCAUUCUUAAGCGCCCAUAA